AUGGUCAAGGUACUUCCGCCUCCAAAGCCAGACAUCCCGGAGCCCCCCCCAGGCAUGGCGCUGUCUAUCGCUCCGGCAGGCCACUGUCUCUGGCUUGACGACUACGAGUACUAUGACCAGCUGGGCCGUGAUCCCCUUCAGCAAGCAAGAAUAUGGCUCGUUGCCGACCCAGAUGACCGGGUUAGCAAGCUCAAGGAGGUUCUGGAAAACUACCCAAAAUCAGUUCACAGACGGAACAUGCUGUACGAAGCUGCCCUCCGCGGUGACGAGGCUAUGGUCCGAUGCCUUGUUGCUACAGGUCUGAAGGUGCACCCAGACAUUGCAGCGCUGUCUGAAGAAGAUGAGAGGGCCGAUCAGGAAGCCAAAGAGAAUGGGGAGAUCCCAGAUAGAGAUGAUCCGUCUGUGGUGCCAGUUCACGCAGCGGCCGCCCGUGGCCACGUUGGAUGCCUCAAGAUCUUCCUGGAGGAGGGCCAAGUGGACGUGGAUGUCCGCGACAGCAUUGGGCGAACGCCACUAAUCAUCGGCGCACACGAACCAGGUGUUGUACGCUAUCUUCUUGAGCAGGGUGCUGAUCCAACUGCGAAAACAAAUGUCGAUGAUGACCUGCCUAAAGAUGAACAGGACGAAUAUGCUGGUGCCGAUGCCCUCGAGUUUGGAGCUGUCCACGGCAGUGUUGACAGCCUUAGACUACUAUUGGAGCAUCCCUUCCACGGCUCACAAAGGAAGAGAAAGAGCCGCGCAGGAGAAGAGCCCGGAGUGUGGGUAACCCCGUUAUCAAUCAAAGGCGCUGCGUCAGCAAGGAACGGCUUUGAGGCGCUGAGUUUUCUCCUCGAAAGAGGCGGGUAUCCGAUGGAGGCUCGGAAUGGGCAGACAAAAUCUGAGCUGCUCACGGAGACGGAGAGGCAAGCCAUCGUGAAGGCCACGCCCGGCGCAGCGAUGGACGGGCCUCUAGAAUCUCUCAAGCUGCUCCUCAGCUAUCAGUACCCAACGAACCUGGAGGGUGACAUUAUCCCCUUCGACCUGCCUGAAGAACUCCACAAACCAUUUGUUUACGGUGCCUAUGACGCUAUGGUAUACAACCGCCUCGAUAAGUUUGAGUUCAUCAAUAGCUUUGGUAUAACGGAACACGAGACAAUGUCCCUUGAUCAACUUCCCGUAGGACAAAAGCUCAACAUUCAGCAUCUUCUUGACAAAGCUGUCGGAGGUGGAUCUAUUGAGUGUGCCCGUUUCAUAAUCGAGAAAUACGGCGCCGACCCCAACAAGCAUCGCAAUCCUCCAGGGGUGAAACCUCUUUACGCCGCGGCAGGGAAUAACAAGCAUGAGAUGGUUCGGCUCCUCGUUGAAAGUUAUGGCGCAGAUAUCCACCUCGGCAGCGGGAGGUAUGCGACCGGACCGACUGCCCUAUGGAAUGCAAUCAUGCUCAAGGCCUUUGAAUGCGUGGAAUAUCUGCUCUUGCAAGGUGGUCCAGUGGACCAUGUCGAUGAAGAGAUACGCUCGAUUUCCGGUCCCAUAACUGUGAUCUUGAGAGCCGAUUCCAGUGCCGACAAGGUCUCCGUGAAACUUGAGACGCAGGAAAAUUCAAAGGAAUUCCUUGCUCGCCACAAAGGUGAUUGGCAGAACCUUAAUCCCCCGCUUGUACAGCUCCAGCUUGGGCCCGAUGACAAAGGGUGGAUUAAUAGUCUUCAAGCUCGGAGGUCAGACAACGAGUUGCGAGAGUCAGGGGACAAUGCCCGAGAGUUCAACAGAGAGGAGCGAGUCAGUAAGAAUGACCUUGGUGAGAGGGACCCGCGUCGCCUGAUGGUGUGGCUUCCCACAAUUGGUGAGAGGCAAAGUGAACUGAAGAAGGACGAUGAUCUUCUACCAGAGUUCCGACCAUUUCUGGUGUCGGCGAGGGAGGUUGAUUCCGAUUAG